AUGCCGCGGGGCACCGGGGCAGCACCCAAGACCUGCAGCCCCAAGCAGUUUGCCUGCAGGGAUCAGGUCACCUGCAUCUCCAAGGGCUGGCGCUGCGACGGCGAAAAGGAUUGCCCGGAUGGCUCCGACGAGGCCUCCGACAUCUGUCCCCAGAGCAAGGUGUCCCGGUGCCAGCCCAACGAGCACAACUGCCUGGGCACGGAGCUGUGCAUCCCCAUGAGCAAGCUCUGCAACGGCCUGCACGACUGCUUCGACGGCUCCGACGAGGGCCCCCACUGCAGGGAGCAAUUGACCAACUGCACGGCACUGGGCUGCCAGCACCACUGUGUGCCCACCCUGGCAGGACCUGCCUGCUACUGCAACAGCUCCUUCCAGCUGGCAGAGGACCGCAGGAGCUGCAGAGACUUUGAUGAGUGCAGUGUCUAUGGGACCUGCAGCCAGACCUGCACCAACUUGGAGGGCUCCUACACCUGCAGCUGUGUGGAAGGUUACCUGCUGCAGCCAGACAACAGAUCCUGCAAGGCCAAGAAUGAGCCUGUGGACCGCCCUCCAGUGCUGCUCAUUGCCAACUCCCAGAACAUCCUGGCCACUUACCUGAGUGGGGCCCCUGUGCCCAACAUCACCCCCACCAGUGCCAAGCAGACCACGGCCAUGGACUUCAACUACGUGGAGGACACAGUGUGCUGGGUGCACGUGGGGGACAGUGCCUCCCAGACAAUCCUCAAGUGUGCCAAGAUCCCCAACCUGAAGGGCUUCGUGGAGGAGCGCUCCAUCAACAUCUCUCUCAGCCUGCACCACGUGGAGCAGAUGGCCAUCGACUGGCUCACAGGCAACUUCUACUUUGUGGACGACAUCGAUGACAGAAUCUUCGUCUGCAACAGGAACGGAGUCACCUGCGUCACGCUGCUGGACCUGGAGCUCUACAACCCCAAGGGCAUCGCCCUGGACCCAGCCAUGGGCAAAGUCUUCUUCACGGACUAUGGGCAGAUCCCCAAGGUGGAACGUUGUGACAUGGAUGGGCAGAACCGCACCAAGCUGGUGGACAGCAAAAUUGUCUUCCCCCAUGGUAUCACCCUGGACCUGGUCAGCCGCUUGGUCUACUGGGCUGAUGCCUACCUGGACUACAUUGAGGUGGUGGACUACGAAGGCAAGAACAGGCACACCAUCAUCCAGGGCAUCCUGAUCGAGCACCUCUACGGCCUGACUGUCUUUGAGAACUAUCUCUACGCCACCAACUCGGACAACGCCAACGCCCAGCAGAAGACCAGCGUCAUCCGGGUGAAUCGCUUCAACAGCACCGAGUACCAGGUGGUCACCAGGGUGGACAAGGGAGGGGCCCUGCACAUCUACCACCAGCGGCGCCAGCCCACAGUCCGCAGCCAUGCCUGUGAGCCAGACCAGUUCGGGAAGCCCGGGGGCUGCUCCGACAUUUGCCUGCUGGCCAACAGCCACAAGAGCCGCACCUGCCGCUGCCGCUCCGGCUUCAGCCUGGGCAGCGAUGGCAAAUCCUGCAAAAAGCCUGAGCACGAACUGUUCCUGGUGUACGGGAAGGGGCGGCCGGGCAUUAUCCGUGGCAUGGACAUGGGUGCCAAGGUGCCAGACGAGCACAUGAUCCCCAUCGAGAACCUGAUGAACCCCCGGGCCCUGGACUUCCACGCUGAGACUGGCUUCAUCUACUUCGCCGACACCACCAGCUACCUGAUCGGGCGCCAGAAGAUCGACGGCACUGAGCGCGAGACCAUCCUCAAGGAGGGCAUCCACAACGUGGAGGGCAUCGCUGUGGACUGGAUGGGCAACAACCUGUACUGGACUGACGAUGGCCCCAAGAAGACCAUCAGUGUGGCACGGCUGGAGAAGGCUGCCCAGAUGCGCAAGACGCUGAUUGAGGGCAAGAUGACUCACCCCAGGGCCAUCGUGGUGGACCCCCUGAAUGGGUGGAUGUACUGGACGGACUGGGAGGAGGAUCCCAAGGACAGCAAGAGGGGCAAGAUCGAGAGGGCCUGGAUGGAUGGCUCCAACCGCAACAUCUUCAUCACCUCCAAGACUGUGCUGUGGCCCAAUGGGCUCAGCCUGGACAUCCCUGCCAAGAUCCUCUACUGGGUGGAUGCCUUCUACGAUCGCAUUGAGAUGGUUUACCUCAACGGCACCGAGCGCAAGAUCGUGUACGAGGGCCCCGAGCUGAACCAUGCCUUUGGGCUGUGCCACUACGGCGGCUUCCUGUUCUGGACCGAGUACCGCAGCGGCAGCAUCUACCGGCUGCAGCGCAGCGCCAAGGCCGUGGCCCUGCUGCGCAGUGAGCGCCCUCCUGUCUUCGAGAUCCGGAUGUACGACGCCCAGCAGCAGCAAGUUGGCUCCAACAAGUGCAGGGUGAACAAUGGAGGCUGCAGCAGCCUGUGCCUGGCCACCCCCCGGGGCCGGCAGUGCGCCUGCGCCGAGGACCAGAUCCUGGGCACCGACUCUGUCACCUGCCAAGCCAACCCCUCCUAUGUGCCACCGCCGCAGUGCCAGCCUGGGGAGUUUGCCUGCAGGAACAAUCGCUGCAUCCAGGAGCGCUGGAAGUGCGAUGGAGACAACGACUGCCUGGACAACAGCGACGAGGCCCCCGAGCUCUGCCACCAGCACACCUGCCCCUCCGACCGCUUCAAGUGCAGGAAUAAUCGCUGCAUCCCCAACCGCUGGCUGUGCGACGGCGACAACGACUGCGGCAACAACGAGGACGAAUCCAACUCCACCUGCUCGGCCCGGACCUGCUCCCCCAACCAGUUCUCCUGUGCCAGUGGCCGCUGCAUUCCCAUCUCCUGGACCUGCGACCUGGACGAUGACUGCGGAGACCGCUCCGACGAGUCGGCAUCCUGCGCCUACCCGACCUGCUUCCCCCUGACGCAGUUCACCUGCACCAAUGGGCGCUGCAUCAACAUCAACUGGCGCUGCGACAACGAAAAAGAUUGUGGGGAUGGCUCUGACGAAAAGAACUGUGCACAGCCUGCCGACAACGACUGUGGGGACAACAGCGACGAGGCAGGCUGCAGCCACUCCUGCUCCAGCAACCAGUUCAAGUGCAACAGUGGCCGCUGCAUCCCUGUACACUGGACCUGCGACGGCGACAAUGAUUGCGGCGACUACAGCGACGAGACUCAUGCCAACUGCACCAACCAGGCCACGAGGCCGCCCGGGGGGUGCCACACGGACGAGUUCCAGUGCCGCCUGGAUGGGCUCUGCAUCCCCAUGCGCUGGCGCUGCGAUGGCGACACCGACUGCAUGGACUCCAGCGACGAGAAGAGCUGCGAGGGAGUCACCCACGUCUGCGACCCCAACGUCAAGUUCGGCUGCAAGGACUCCGCUCGCUGCAUCAGCAAGGCCUGGGUGUGUGAUGGGGACAGUGACUGUGAGGACAACUCAGACGAGGAGAACUGCGAGUCCCUGGUGUGCAAACCUCCCUCCCACACCUGUGCCAACUCCACCUCCAUCUGCCUGCCCCCCGAGAAGCUCUGCGACGGCUCCGACGACUGUGGCGAUGGCUCCGAUGAGGGCGAGCUCUGCGAUCAGUGCUCCCUCAACAACGGUGGCUGCAGCCACAACUGCACUGUGGCGCCCGGCGAGGGCAUCGUCUGCUCCUGUCCUCUGGGCAUGGAGCUGGGCGCAGACAACAAGAGCUGCCAGAUCCAGAGCUACUGUGCCAAGCACCUCAAGUGCAGCCAGAAGUGUGAGCAGGACAAGUUCAACGUGAAGUGCUCCUGCUACGAGGGCUGGAUGCUGGAGCCCGACGGCGAGAGCUGCCGCAGCCUGGACCCCUUCAAGCCCUUCAUCAUCUUCUCCAACCGCCACGAGAUCCGACGCAUCGACCUGCAGCGGGGGGACUACAGCGUGCUGGUGCCAGGGCUGCGCAACACCAUCGCCCUGGACUUCCACCUUAACCAGAGCUCUCUCUACUGGACUGAUGUGGUGGAGGACAAGAUCUACAGGGGCAAGCUGCUGGAGAACGGCGCUCUGACCAGCUUUGAGGUGGUGAUCCAGUAUGGUCUGGCCACCCCUGAGGGGCUGGCUGUGGACUGGAUCGCUGGAAACAUCUACUGGGUGGAGAGCAACCUGGACCAGAUCGAGGUGGCCAAGCUGGAUGGCACCAUGAGGACCACGCUGCUGGCUGGGGACAUCGAGCACCCCCGAGCCAUUGCCCUGGACCCCCGCUAUGGGAUCCUGUUCUGGACGGACUGGGAUGCCAGCCUGCCCCGCAUUGAGGCUGCCUCCAUGAGCGGCGCUGGCCGCAGGACCAUCCACAAGGAGACAGGCUCAGGGGGGUGGCCAAACGGCCUCACUGUGGACUACCUGGAGAAGAGAAUCCUCUGGAUCGAUGCCAGGUCAGAUGCCAUCUACUCCGCCCUGUAUGAUGGCACAGGGCACAUCGAGGUGCUUAGGGGCCACGAGUACCUGUCCCACCCCUUUGCUGUCACCCUCUACGGGGGUGAGGUCUACUGGACCGACUGGCGCACCAACACCCUGGCCAAGGCCAACAAGUGGACAGGGCACAACGUGACCGUGGUGCAGAGGACCAACACCCAACCCUUCGACCUGCAGGUCUACCACCCCUCCAGGCAGCCCCUGGCUCCUAACCCUUGUGAGGCCAAUGGGGGCAAGGGGCCCUGCUCCCACCUCUGCCUCAUCAACUACAACCGGACCCUGUCCUGUGCCUGCCCCCACCUCAUGAAGCUGGACAAGGACAACAAGACCUGCUAUGAGUUCAAGAGGUUCCUGCUGUACGCGCGGCAGAUGGAGAUCCGCGGUGUGGACAUCGACCACCCCUACUACAACUACAUCAUCUCCUUCACCGUGCCUGACAUCGACAAUGUCACCGUGGUGGACUACGACGCCCUGGAGCAGCGAAUCUACUGGUCUGACGUCCGCACACAGACCAUCAAGAGAGCCUUCAUCAACGGCACCGGCGUGGAGACCGUGGUGUCUGCAGACCUGCCCAACGCCCAUGGUCUUGCUGUGGAUUGGGUCUCCAGGAACCUCUUCUGGACCAGCUACGAUGCCAACAAGAAGCAGAUCAACGUGGCACGGCUGGAUGGCUCCUUCAAGAAUGCUGUGAUCCAGGGGCUGGACAAACCUCACUGCCUGGUGGUGCACCCCCUGCGGGGGAAACUGUUCUGGACAGAUGGGGACAACAUCAGCAUGGCCAACAUGGACGGCAGCAACCGCACCCUGCUCUUCACCAACCAGAAGGGGCCUGUUGGCCUGGCCAUUGACUACCCAGAGAGCAAACUCUACUGGAUCAGCUCUGGCAAUGGCACCAUCAACAGAUGUGACCUGGAUGGCAGUAACCUGGAGGUGAUCGAGUCCAUGAAGAGUCAUCUGGCCAAGGCCACCGCCCUGGCCAUCAUGGGUGCCAAGCUGUGGUGGGCAGACCAGGCCUCGGAGAGGAUGGGCACCUGCAGCAAGAGGGAUGGCACAGAGGUGCAGGUGCUGCGCAACAGCACCACACUGGUGAUGCACAUGAAGGUGUACGACGAGAGCGUGCAGCAAGCUGGCACCAACCCCUGCAGCCUCAACAACGGUGACUGCUCCCAGCUCUGCCUGCCCACGUCCGAGACCUCUCGCUCCUGCAUGUGCACUGCAGGCUACAGCCUCAAGAGUGGGCAGCAGUCCUGUGAAGGUGUUGGCUCUUUCCUGCUGUACUCUGUCCAUGAGGGCAUCCGUGGCAUCCCCCUGGAUCCCAACGACAAGUCCGAUGCUCUCGUGCCGGUGUCGGGGACCUCCCUGGCCGUGGGGAUCGACUUCCACGCAGAGAACGACACAAUCUAUUGGGUGGACAUGGGGCUGAGCACCAUCAGCCGUGCCAAGCGGGACCAGACCUGGCGCGAGGAUGUGGUGACCAACGGCAUCGGGCGCGUGGAGGGCAUCGCCGUGGACUGGAUCGCUGGGAACAUCUACUGGACCGACCAAGGCUUCGACGUGAUCGAGGUGGCCAGGCUGAACGGCUCCUUCCGCUACGUGGUCAUCUCUCAGGGCCUGGACAAGCCACGAGCCAUCACGGUGCACCCUGAGAAGGGGUAUCUGUUCUGGACGGAGUGGGGGCAGUACCCUCGCAUCGAGCGGUCGCGGCUGGACGGCUCUGAGCGCGUGGUGCUGGUGAACGUCAGCAUCAGUUGGCCCAAUGGCAUCUCGGUCGACUACGAGGAUGGGAAGCUGUACUGGUGUGACGCCCGGACGGACAAGAUCGAGCGCAUCGACCUGGAGAGCGGCGAGGGCCGGGAGGUGGUGCUAAGCAGCAACAACAUGGACAUGUUCUCCGUCUCUGUCUUCGAGGACUACAUCUACUGGAGCGACAGGACUCAUGCAAAUGGCUCCAUCAAGAGAGGCAACAAGGACAAUGCCACUGAGUCGGUGUCGCUGCGGACAGGCAUUGGUGUGCAGCUCAAGGACAUCAAAGUCUUCAACCGGGCACGGCAGAAGGGCACCAACAUCUGUGCCCAGAGCAAUGGAGGUUGCCAGCAGCUGUGCCUGUACCGCGGGGGCGGGCGGCGGAGCUGUGCCUGUGCCCACGGCAUGCUGGCCGAGGACGGGCUGGGCUGCAGGGACUACGACGGCUACCUACUGUACUCGGAGAGAACCAUCCUGAAGAGCAUCCACCUGUCGGACGAGAACAACCUCAACGCCCCCAUCAAGCCCUUCGAGGACGCCGAGCACAUGAAGAACGUCAUCGCUCUGGCCUUCGACUACCGCUACGGCUCCAAGGGCAGCAACCGAAUCUUCUACAGCGACAUCCACUUCGGCAACAUCCAGCAGAUCAACGACGACGGCAGCGGCCGCAGGACCAUCGUGGAGAACGUGGGCUCUGUGGAGGGGCUGGCAUACCACCGGGGCUGGGACACGCUCUACUGGACCAGCUACACCACCUCCACCAUCACCAGGCACACCGUGGAUCAGAGCCGCCUGGGGGCCUUCGAGAGGGAGACUGUGAUCACCAUGUCUGGGGACGACCACCCCAGGGCCUUCGUGCUGGAUGAGUGCCAGAACUUGAUGUUCUGGACCAACUGGAAUGAGCAGCACCCAAGCAUCAUGCGUGCCACCCUGUCUGGUGCCAACGUCCUCAUCAUCAUUGACCAGGACAUCCGCACCCCCAACGGCCUGGCCAUCGACCACAAGGCUGAGAAGAUUUACUUCUCCGAUGCCACCCUGGACAAGAUCGAGCGCUGCGAGUACGACGGCUCCCAGCGCCACGUGAUCCUGAAGUCGGAGCCUGUGCAUCCCUUUGGCCUGGCAGUCUAUGGGGAUUACAUCUUCUGGACGGACUGGGUGCGCCGUGCCGUGCAGCGUGCCAACAAGUACGUGGGCACCGACAUGAAGCUGCUGCGUGUCGACAUCCCCCAGCAGCCCAUGGGCAUCAUCGCCGUGGCCAACGACACCGACAGCUGUGAGCUGUCCCCAUGCAGGGUGAACAAUGGUGGCUGUCAGGACCUCUGCCUGCUGACACCCAAGGGCCAUGUCAACUGCUCCUGCCGUGGGGAGAGAGUCCUGCAGGAGGACUUCACCUGCAAAGCCCUGAAUUCCAGCUGCAGGCUUCAUGAUGAGUUUGAGUGUGGCAAUGGUGACUGCAUCGACUUCAGCCUGACCUGCGACGGCGUCGUGCACUGCAAGGACAAAUCUGACGAGAAGCAAACCUACUGCAGCAGCCGCCGCUGCCGCCGCGGUUUCCUGCACUGCAUGAAUGGACGCUGCGUCCCCAGCCGCCUCUGGUGCAACGGCGCCGACGACUGCGGGGACAACUCGGACGAAGUGCCCUGCAACAAGACCAGCUGUGCCCCCAGCGAGUUCCGCUGCCGGGACGGGAGCUGCAUCGGGAACUCGAGCCGCUGCAACCAGGUCAUCGACUGCCAGGAUGCCUCCGAUGAGAUGAACUGCACUGCCACUGACUGCAGCAGCUAUUUCCAGCUGGGGGUAAAGAGGUUGAGCUUCCAGCCCUGUGAGUCCACCUCGCUCUGCUAUGCACCCAGCUGGGUCUGCGACGGUGCCAACGACUGUGGGGACUUCUCAGAUGAGCGCAACUGCCCUGCAGGGGGAAGGAAGCCCAAAUGCCCUGCCAACUACUUUGCCUGCCCCAGUGGGAGAUGCAUCCCCAUGACCUGGACCUGUGACAAGGAGCACGACUGUGAGAACGGCGAAGAUGAGACCCACUGCAGUGAGCGGCAGGACAAGUUCUGCUACCCGGUACAGUUCGAGUGCAACAACCAUCGCUGCAUCAACAAGCUGUGGGUGUGCGACGGUGCUGACGACUGCGGGGACGGCUCGGACGAGGACAGCCGUUGCCAGCUGACCACCUGCAGCGCGGGGUCCUUCCACUGCCCGGGCAGCCACGUCUGUGUGCCCGAGCGCUGGCUGUGCGAUGGGGACAAGGACUGUGCUGAUGGAGCCGACGAGACCCUGGCUGCUGGCUGCUUGUACAACAACACCUGCGAUGAGCGCGAGUUCCUGUGCCGCAACCGGCAGUGCAUCCCCAAGCACUUCGUCUGCGACCAUGACGACGACUGCGGGGACAGCUCCGACGAGUCCCCCGAGUGUGAGUACCCAACCUGUGGCCCCCACGAGUUUCGCUGUGCCAAUGGUCGCUGCCUCAGCAACCGGCAGUGGGAGUGCGACGGAGACUUCGACUGCCACGACCACUCCGACGAGAAGCCCAAGAACCCUCACUGCAGCAGCCCAGAGAACAAGUGCAACGAUUCCUUCUUCCUCUGCAAGUCUGGGAGGUGCAUCCCGGAGGCGCUGCUCUGCGACAACAACAACGACUGUGGGGAUGGCUCUGAUGAGCUCAACUGCUUCAUCAAUGAGUGCCUCAACAAGAAGCUGAGUGGCUGCUCCCAAGAGUGUGAAGACCUCAAGAUAGGCUACAAGUGCCGCUGCCGCCCUGGGUUCCGGCUGAAGGACGAUGGCAGGACCUGUGUGGACAUCGAUGAGUGCUCCACCACCUACCCCUGCAGCCAGAGGUGCAUCAACACCCUGGGCAGCUUCAAAUGCCUCUGCAUCGAGGGCUACAAGCUCAGGCCUGACAACCCCACCAGCUGCAAAGCUGUCACAGAGGAAGAGCCCUUCCUCAUCUUCGCCAACCGCUACUACCUGAGGAAGCUCAACCUGGAUGGUUCCAACUACACCCUGCUCAAGCAGGGGCUGAACAAUGCUGUGGCUCUGGACUUCGACUACCGGGAACAGAUGAUCUACUGGACAGACGUCACCACGCAGGGCAGCAUGAUCCGCCGUAUGCACAUCAAUGGCAGCAACGUCCAGGUUCUGCACCGCACUGGGCUCAGCAACCCUGAUGGGCUGGCAGUGGACUGGGUCGGGGGCAACCUGUACUGGUGUGACAAGGGCAGGGACACCAUCGAGGUGUCCAAGCUGAACGGUGCCUACCGCACGGUGCUGGUCAACUCCGGCCUGCGUGAGCCGCGGGCACUGGUGGUGGAUGUGCAGAACGGGUACCUGUACUGGACAGACUGGGGAGACCACUCCCUGAUAGGCAAGAUCGGGAUGGAUGGUACCAACCGCAGUGUCAUUGUGGACACCAAGAUCACUUGGCCCAAUGGCCUCACCCUGGACUACAUCAACAGCAGAAUCUACUGGGCUGAUGCCCGCGAGGACUACAUCGAGUUCGCCAGCCUGGACGGCUCCAACCGGCACACAGUGCUGAGCCAGGACAUCCCCCACAUCUUCGCCCUCACCCUGUUCGAGGAUUACAUCUACUGGACAGACUGGGAGACCAAAUCCAUCAACCGAGCCCACAAGACCACAGGGGCCAACAAGACUCUGCUGAUCAGCACCCUGCACCGCCCCAUGGACAUCCACAUCUACCACCCCCACCGCCAGCCCGACGUUCCCAACCAUCCCUGCAAGACCAACAAUGGUGGCUGCAGCAACCUCUGCCUGCUGUCACCAGGCGGGGGCCACAAAUGUGCCUGUCCCACCAACUUCUACCUGGGCAGUGAUGGCAAGACCUGCGUCUCCAACUGCACAGCCAGCCAGUUUGUCUGCAAGAACGACAAAUGCAUCCCCUUCUGGUGGAAAUGCGACACCGAGGAUGACUGCGGCGACCGCUCCGAUGAGCCCGAGGACUGCCCUGAGUUCAAAUGCAGGCCAGGGCAGUUCCAGUGCUCCACUGGCAUCUGCACCAACCCAGCCUUCAUCUGUGACGGAGACAACGACUGCCAGGACAACUCGGAUGAAGCCAACUGUGACAUCCACGUCUGCCUGCCCAGCCAGUUCAAAUGCACCAACACCAACCGCUGCAUCCCUGGCAUCUUCCGCUGCAAUGGGCAGGACAACUGCGGUGACGGGGAGGAUGAGAAGGACUGCCCGGAGGUGACCUGUGCCCCCAACCAGUUCCAGUGUGCCAUCACCAAGCGCUGCAUCCCCCGGGUCUGGGUGUGUGACAGGGACAACGACUGCGUGGAUGGCUCUGACGAACCUGCCAACUGCACCCAAAUGACCUGUGGGGUGGACGAGUUCCGCUGCAAGGACUCAGGCAGGUGCAUCCCUGCGCGCUGGAAAUGCGAUGGAGAGGACGACUGCGGCGAUGGCUCCGACGAGCCCAAGGAGGAGUGCGAUGAGAGGACCUGCGAGCCUUACCAGUUCCGCUGCAAGAACAACCGCUGUGUGCCAGGGCGCUGGCAGUGCGACUACGACAACGACUGUGGGGACAACUCCGACGAGGAGAGCUGCACACCCCGGCCCUGCUCUGAGAGUGAAUUCUCCUGUGCCAAUGGGCGCUGCAUCGCUGGCAGGUGGAAGUGUGAUGGCGACCACGACUGUGCCGAUGGCUCUGACGAGAAGGACUGCACCCCACGCUGCGAAUUCGACCAGUUCCAGUGCAAGAAUGGGCACUGCAUCCCCAUGCGCUGGCGCUGCGACGCCGAUGCUGACUGCAUGGAUGGCACAGACGAGGAGAACUGCAGCACCGGGGUUCGCACCUGUCCCCUGGAUGAAUUCCAGUGCAACAAUACCCUCUGCAAGCCCCUGGCAUGGAAGUGUGAUGGGGAGGACGACUGUGGCGACAACUCCGAUGAGAACCCUGAGGAGUGCUUGAAAUUCCAGUGUCCCCCCAACAGACCGUUCCGCUGCAAGAACGACCGCGUCUGCCUCUGGAUCGGGCGGCAGUGCGACGGCGUCGACAACUGCGGCGACGGCACCGACGAGAGGGACUGCGAGUCCCCCACGGCCAAGCCCCGGAGCUGCAGCCAGGACAAGAAUGAGUUCCUGUGCCGCAACCAGCAGUGCAUCAGCACCAACCUGCGCUGCAACUUCUUCGAUGACUGCGGGGAUGGCUCUGACGAGGAGUCCUGCUCCCACGACCACAAGUCCUACGACUGCAUGGCCAACAGCAGCAUGUGUGGGGACGAGGCGCAGUGUGUCCAGGCACAGUCUGGCUCCUACUGCAGCUGCCGCAGAGGCUUCCAGAAGGUGCCAGACAAGAACUACUGCCAAGACAUCAACGAGUGCCUGCGCUUCGGGACCUGCUCGCAGCUCUGCAACAACACCAAAGGCUCCCACGUCUGCAGCUGCACCAAGAACUUCAUGAAGACAGAGACCAUGUGCAAGGCAGAAGGCUCGGAGCACCAGAUCCUGUACAUCGCGGAUGACAACAAGAUCCGCAGCAUGUACCCCUUCAACCCCAACGCCGCGCACGAGCCUGCCUUCCAGGGCGAUGCCAGCGUCCGCAUCGAUGCCAUGGACAUCCACGUCAAGGCCAACCGCAUCUACUGGACCAACUGGCACACGGGCAGGAUCUCCUUCCGCGAGCUGCCAGCCUCCUCCAGUGCCUCCACCGCCUCCAACCGCAACCGGCGCCAGCUCGACGGCGGCGUCACGCACCUCAAUAUCUCGGGGCUGAAGAUGCCGCGGGGCAUCGCGGUGGACUGGGUGGCUGGCAACAUUUACUGGACGGACUCCGGGCGCGAUGUGAUCGAGGUGGCACAGAUGAAGGGCGAGAACCGCAAGACGCUGAUCUCAGGCAUGAUCGACGAGCCCCACGCCAUCGUCGUGGACCCCCUGCGAGGAACCAUGUACUGGUCAGACUGGGGCAAUCACCCCAAGAUCGAAACAGCUGCCAUGGACGGGACCCUGCGGGAGACCCUGGUGCAGGACAACAUCCAGUGGCCAACAGGCCUGGCCGUGGACUACCACAACGAGCGACUGUACUGGGCUGAUGCCAAGCUCUCCGUCAUCGGCAGCAUCCGGCUCAACGGCACCGACCCUGUGGUGGCCAUCGACAGCAAGAAGGGCCUGAGCCACCCCUUCAGCAUUGACAUCUUCGAGGACUACAUCUAUGGUGUCACCUACAUGAACAAUCGCAUCUUCAAGAUCCACAAGUUCGGGCACAAGGCUGUCACCAACCUGACCUCUGGCCUCAACCAUGCCACCGACGUGGUGCUGUACCACCAGUACAAGCAGCCAGAGGUGACCAACCCCUGUGACCGCAAGAAGUGUGAGUGGCUCUGCCUGCUGAGCCCCAGCGGCCCUGUCUGCACCUGCCCCAACGGCAAGCGCCUGGACAACGGCACCUGCGUGAUCAUCCCCUCCCCUACACUGUCCCCUGUCGUGCCCACCACGGACACCUGUGACCUGGUCUGCCUGAACGGCGGCAGCUGCUUCCUGAACGCUCGCCGGCAGGCCAAGUGCCGCUGCCAGCCGCGGUACAACGGCGACAAGUGCCAGGUGGACCAAUGCUGGGACUACUGCCAGAACGGCGGCACCUGCGCCGCCUCCCCCUCCGGGAUGCCAACCUGCCGCUGCCCCACCGGCUUCACCGGGCCGCGCUGCAACCAGCAGGUCUGCAGCGACUACUGCAUGCACAACGGCAGCUGCAGCGUCAACCAGGGCAACCAGCCCAGCUGCCGCUGCCCUCCCGGCUUCAUCGGUGACCGCUGCCAGUACCGGCAGUGCUUCGACUACUGUGAGAACGAUGGCAUCUGCCAGAUGACUGCCAGCGGUGCCAAGCAGUGCCGCUGCCCUCCGCAGUUUGAGGGCGCCCAGUGCCAGGACAACAAAUGCUCCAGGUGCCAGGAGGGCAAAUGCAGCAUCAACAAGCAGAGUGGAGAAGUCUCCUGCAUCUGCCCAGAUGGCAAGAUAGCCCCCAGCUGCCUGACCUGUGACAGCUACUGCCUGCAUGGUGGCACCUGCUCCAUCAGCGACAAGACACAGCUGCCAGAGUGCCUGUGCCCACUGGGGCUGACAGGGACACGCUGCGAGGACUUCAUCGUUGGGGAGCAGCAGAGCAGCCGCACAGCCUCCAUCGUCAUCCCCAUCCUGCUGCUGCUCAUCCUGCUGACUGUGGUGGCUUUUGUCUGGUACAAGUGGAGGAUUAAAGGUGCCAAGGGCUUCCAGCACCAGAGGAUGACCAAUGGUGCCAUGAACGUUGAGAUUGGCAACCCCACCUACAAGAUGUACGAGGGGGAGCCUGACGACGAUGUCGGGGAGCUGCUGGACGCCGACUUCGCCCUGGACCCCGACAAGCCUACCAACUUCACCAACCCUGUCUAUGCCACGCUGUACAUGGGUGCCCACAACAGCCGCAACUCCUUGGCCAGCACGGACGAGAAGAGAGAGCUGCUGGCACGGGGUGCAGACGACGACCUGGCAGACCCCCUGGCAUAG